AUGCAUUUCACCAACAUCAUUGCCAGUGGUCUCGUCAUCGCCAGCGGCCUCGCCGCACCCCGCCCAAUGGACAGCCGCGAGGUCACUCAAUUGAGCCCUCGGGAGUACUGGGCGUUUGCAUUCAAGCAACGUGACAGCAACUUGGCUCACGACAAACGGGACAAGUCGCAGGCCGUUGCUGCCCGCGCAGAUCUGAAGUUCGCCCUUAAGGUUCGAGAGGGCUCGCAUGCGAAGCGAGCUCCCCUGGAUUCGCAGUGCGAACAAACCGAGGAGGGCAUCUACUGCACCUACACCAGCGCGGAUGUCGAGGCAUACGGUACUGCUGGCCGCCUUCAGGACGGCUGCUUGACGGUUAGCACGGUUGUCACAUGCUUCUACCCCGGAGCCAAACCCGAAGACAUUAACUAG